CCUUUGGCUCGCGAUUUCUAUUUUCCAAAUGGAAAGCUCAAGCCUUUGAUUAUAUUUCUCUCUCUCUCUGAUUCUUACCUUCUCUAGCUCGCCCGUGAUUCCUUCUUUCAUAUUGAAGGCAAUGAUUCAGCUAAAGGUUUACGCAGGAGUUAGUACCCUCGCGUCAUUGGCCGUGAUUUACCAUGCUUUCAGUACCAGAGGUCAAUUUUACCCCGCGGCUGUGUAUCUAUCGACGUCCAAGAUCAAUUUGGUGGUUCUUUUGAACAUGGGUUUGGUUCUAAUGUUCAGUUUAUGGAAUCUUGUCAAAAUUGUGUUUCUGGGUUCUCUUAGAGAAGCUGAGGUUGAGCGUUUGAAUGAGCAAGCGUGGAGAGAACUCAUGGAGAUUCUCUUUGCUGUCACUAUUUUUCGACAGGACUUCUCUGUUGGUUUUAUCUCUUUGGUUGUGACUCUUUUGUUGAUCAAGGGUUUGCAUUGGAUGGCUCAGAAGAGAGUCGAGUAUAUUGAGACUACUCCUUCUGUUACUUUACUCUCUCAUGUUCGUAUUGUUUCCUUCAUGGUGUUUCUUCUGCUUUUAGAUGGCCUCCUUACGUAUACUUCUAUGCGGCAAUUGAUUCAGUCCCGGAAAGCUUCUAUGUCUGUCUUCUUCACGUUUGAGUAUAUGAUUCUUGCAACAACAACUCUUUCUAUUAUUGUAAAGUAUGCCUUCUAUGUCACGGAUAUGCUCAAGGAAGGUCAAUGGGAAGGAAAACCAGUAUAUACUUUCUAUCUGGAGCUCGUCCGUGACUUGCUUCACUUGUCCAUGUAUCUCUGCUUCUUCCUCAUGAUAUUCAUGAACUAUGGCCUUCCUUUGCAUCUAAUAAGAGAGCUCUACGAAACGUUCAGAAACUUCAAGAUUCGUGUGACUGAUUACCUCCGAUAUCGUAAAAUCACUUCCAAUAUGAAUGAUCGGUUUCCUGAUGCAACUCCUGAA